AUGGACUGUCCGUCUCCAGGUAGUCUGCCGCAGAAACAGGAGCAAACCGAGCAUGAUCUGUUGCGCUCGAACUAUCCCGAGCCCUAUGCGGCCAUGUAUCCCGCCCACGCGCUGCCCGAGUCGCCGUACUCGUCGGAGACGCCGCCAGCAUACGUUUCGUCCCACGUGCCGCCCCAGCAGCCGGGCUCUGCUCCGCAGCAGAUGAGCCAGUUCUCGUUCAAAAUACGGGUCCUGGACUGGCACCACCAGAGCAACAAGAAGAGCCAGCAACACACCGUGAACUAUUUCAGGAACCUGGGCGAAUUUGCAAUCACCAAGAGCACGCUCAACCGAUGGGUUCUGAGCGAGCCGCAGCUGCGCGAGGUGUACCAGAACCUCACUCUGAACAACAGCAAGGUGUUCAAAACACGGCCAAAGCUGAAAGACCCGGAGAUCAAUCGGUGUUUGGAGAUACUGUAUGCCCAGUCCUGUCUGGAAGAUCGGCCCUUGAGCGAGAAAAAUCUGAUUUCCAAGUGGUCAGAUUUCUACAACCUGUGGCACGGACUCAAAGACUCGGGCAGCGACAAGAUGCCGCCCAAGUCGAACGGCUGGCUGCACCAUUUUAAAAAAAAGAACGCUGUGAAACGGGAGCUGGCCAAGGACUUUUACGACGACCCGGAAUUGUUUCGAUGGAGAACUUUGGACGAGGAACAGGACCGGCUUCGAGCGCUGCUGGAGCCCUACAGUCCGGGCCAGGUGUUUGAGAUCGACGAGGUCAGUUUCAACAGCAGACUGUCGUUCUUGUCUGGCGAGAUACCGCACAAACAUGAGCCCUGCUCGCGAGUCAUUGUGUCGUUUAUUGCCAACUCAGACGGAACUCGGAUCUUCGAGCCGCUCGUUGUCUCAAACACUCCCGCCACCAAGGGCUUCUCCAGCCCCAACGUGUUCUACCACAAAAACGGGCUUCUGACCACAGAAAUAUUUUACAAAUAUAUGCUUCACAUCGACACGCUGCUGGACGCCGAGGCGGUGAUUCUGCUGGACACUCUUCAUUCGCACAUCAUUCCCAGAGCCGCGUUCCGGAACAUCAGACUUGUCUACUUCUCGCCCAACAUCGCUGACCCAAAAUACACGUACCGUCCGCUGGACUUUGGGCUCAAAAGAAUAUUCAAAAUGCUGGUCAAGUCGAUUAUUUUGUCGAAAUUCGCCCAGACCGUCCCCAAGCUGGACAUCAUCAACGCCAUUAGCACGGCCAUAGGCACCAUCAGACAGCACUCGUACACAAUCUCGAGCUUCCAUCGCAGCCAGCUCGUCCCGCGACUGGUAGCAGACCCGGACGUUGUUUGCAACGACAGCAGGAAGGAAAACGAGCUUUUCCAUCUGCUCAAUCUGUACCGAGUCCGUGGCCUGAUAUCAAAGUCCUUCUCGAUGAAAUGUCUCCAAAAGACCGGAAGAGACAUCGAUCUGGAGGAGCUGCUUUUCCCGCAGGACGAGGAGGUGGAAAACGAGCACUUUAAGGACGAAGACAUCGUUGAGCUCGUGAAAAGAGAGCUCAGCAACGAACCAGACGAAGUACCAGCCGAGGCCCAAAUUCACACCCCACAGCACAGCAUUGGCCCGGAUUGGUACACUCCUACAAACUCAGACGCUCGCGAGUCCUCGGAAGCUGCGAAAGCCUUUCUGGGUCAGCACAGAUACCCGGACUUUGCGGAGCAAUACCAUGUGUCUGCGAGCGAGAACGGGUGGAAAAGGCGCCGGAUCGGCUCCUUGGAGAUAGACGGCCAACCCAUGGCCCCCAACGUAGAAAAACAGUAUAGAUAA